CAUUUUUUCGGACUAGGACUAGGACUAGGACUAUCCCUCUGGUGAUCCGAAACAAAAAAUGGUCAACGAGGACUUGCAGCUGUUUUUCUGGAACACCAUUUACAUGUUCCAUCACGCCUAUUUCCUGAACAUAUAUAAGUUAUACGGAGAUCUGAUCGAAGUCAAGGGACUGGUGGAUGCCUCCGGGCAGGAGAUAUGGAUCCGUAACGCCUUUACUUUGCUCACGACAAUCCUGCUCGUGGUACGAUUCAUUAUGACCUUCGCAGGACUCACGGCCUGUGUAGUGGCCAUCUAUCCCAUCCUGACAAAUUCCAUGCCAGAUAUGCUCAUUCCCACCAUCAUUGUCCAGGGCAUCAACGAUGUGGUCCUCAACUGUUACGAGCUCCUUCUGGGCUAUGGCGUUCUGAACUACCUCUUUCCCCGUGGCACGGCCCCGUUUGCUGUUCUCCUUGCCAAAAUGGUGAUUAAAAUCACCUGGGCCGUCUCCAAUUUGAACUACUAUGCGAGUCACCAUAACCGAUUGUUCCACCUCAGCAAGCUGGCCAUCGGGGACGCUCAGAGUUUUAGACCCAGCCAUAACUCUUUGCAUGAAUACGAGAUCAAUAACCAGAACUUGCUUCCAAAUUAGUUUCCAUAGUUGCAUAUUUUAUGGGACUCGAUAUUUUCUCAUAGAUUAAACGUAAGCAGUAACCGGUA